UGGGGAGCCAUCAAUUCGGAACAAGGAGCCUCGCGAUGUUUGUUUCUUACCGCAUGAAAUAUAGUGAUGCUCUCCAGGCAAUAUAAGAAAGCCAUGUAUUCCACGACCAAGACAUAAAGAGCAACUCUUGAGAUGGCGACUAAGUUCUGUCUUCUCUCUCUGCUGACCUUGGCAACGGCAUCACCUGCCGCCUCGAUCCACGAGCGCGAACUCAAGAAGCGCGCCACCACGCUCAUCCCAGAUACCUGCUUCAGCUCUCAAUCCACAUUCGAGUCGUACUUCUCGUACAACUAUCCGUGGGGCGAUACACAUAAUGGCGCCGCACUCAUGAAGGAGUCGCAGGUCUCCAUCAUCCAUGACGCCUACCUGCAGCUGAUGUCCAACUAUACCGGACCGCAGUCCGACGACAGCGAUCUCAGCUACGACUCGGGCACCGUGUACGCCAAGCAGCACUUCACGGUAGAUGCCAACGGAGGUCUAGACUUCCAGGCGAACUUCGUCGCGCCGGUCGCCGUGGGCACCUGGCCGGCGUUCUGGCUCACCGCCGUUCAAGGCUGGCCGCCGGAGAUCGACCUCGCGGAGUGGAAGGGCACGGGCAAGGUGUCGUUCAACACGUUCAACACCAGCUCGGAAGUAGCUGCCAAGGAUGUGACGUACACGACGCCCACAACGGCGUGGCACACGAUCCUGGUGGAGCUGCGGGCCGAGUCGGACGGGUCGACGCUCAAGGCGAACUUCUACAUGAACGGCGCUCUGAUCACCACGCAGUAUGGCGCUAACAUGGUGGGCUCUGCCUUCUAUCUCAUCAUCGAUUACCAGAUGCUGGGAAGCAGUGGCAGUAGCGGUCCGCAGGAGACCACGUACUUUGAUGUGCAGUACUUAAGUGUCGUCAGUUAUAAUCCUUAAGGAUAAGCGUCGCUGAGAGAGGCUUUCUUUGUAUACUUUUAUUGGUGCGAAUACAUAAAUGAGACAGCCUAGGGCAUAAGUUCUUGAGUUUCGUCAGAUAUUCCUGUUGAUUUCCUUUGGGGAAGUUUGAUUUUCUUCACCUCGUCAAGCAUUCUUCCAUUUAG